UAAUGUGGUGUAAAGUAUUGAUACGGAAUAGGAUUAUUACUUUUGCCCUGUUUAUCGGUAUUUAAUAAUGACUAAACUCCCAGCUACUUGUUUAUUUUCAAUCUAGGCUUAUUAGUACUGUGUGGUCAUUAAUUCGAUAAGGUCGCGAAAAGAUGGGCUGGCUGACGUUCCUGUGCAGCUUGGCGAUCUUCGCAACAGCCGUAACUGCGUACAAGAACCCUCACUAUGCGCCUAAUAGGUCAGUGAAUGUCCACCUCUUCGAAUGGAAAUGGGAUGACAUCGCUAAUGAGUGCGAGACAUUCCUUGGACCGAGAGGUUUUGGUGGUAUUCAGAUUUCCCCACCUAACGAGAACGUGGUGCUAUGGAGUUACAACCGUCCCUGGUGGGAGCGCUACCAGCCCAUGUCUUACAAUCUGGUCACUCGUUCCGGCAACGAGGCGCAGUUCGCCAACAUGUUGCGACGUUGUAAUGCUGCAGGCGUCAGGAUCUACGUAGACGCUGUAAUCAACCACAUGACGGGUGAGCCUCGAGAGAACGUUGGGACUGCUGGUAGCACUGCUGUCUUCUCCGAAUGGAACUACCCCGCUGUGCCCUACAACCGACAGCACUUCAACUGGCCACACUGCGUCAUCAACGAUAUCGAUUAUGGCACUGAUGCUUGGAGAGUGCGCAACUGUGAGCUUGUUGGUCUAAAAGACCUGAACCAAGGUGACGAACAUGUGAGGAACAUGAUUGUAAACUUCAUGAACGAACUCAUCGAUUUGGGAGUUGCUGGAUUCAGGAUUGACGCUGCCAAACACAUGUGGCCCAGUGACCUCCGUGUCAUUUACGACCGUCUUCACAACCUGAACACAGCCCACGGCUUCCCAGCCAACGCCCGUCCUUACAUCUACCAAGAAGUUAUUGAUUACGGCAGUGAAGCUAUUAGCAGGGACGAAUACACUCCUAUUGGAGCUGUGACAGAAUUCAAAGUGGGUUUGGAACUGAGUAACGCGUUUAGAGGAAAUAACCAGCUCCGUUGGUUGUCGAGCUGGGGACCUCAAUGGGGAUUGUUGGCUCAUGAAGAUUCUUUGACCUUCAUUGAUAACCAUGACAAUGAGAGAGGUCACGGCGGUGGAGGUGGUGUCCUUACCUACAAACAAUCCCGUCCUUAUAAGGCUGCUAUUGCUUUCCUACUUGCCCAUCCGUAUGGAGAGCCUCAGAUUAUGAGCAGUUUCGAUUUCUGGGACAGCGAAGUUGGUCCUCCAAUGGAUAACAACGGAAACAUCAUUUCGCCUGCCUUCAAUUCUGAUGGAUCCUGUGGUAACGGUUGGAUUUGCCAGCACCGUUGGCGUCAGAUCUACGCAAUGGUGGCGUUCAGGAACGCGGCCGGUAACACUGGCCUCAACGACUGGUGGGAUAACGGAAGCAACCAGAUCGCCUUCUGCCGUGGAGGCAACGCUUUCAUUGCUUUCAACAAUGAUUAUUGGAAUCUUAACCAGAAUCUGCAGACUUGCUUGCCCGCAGGCAGGUAUUGUGACGUGAUAUCAGGUGAGAAGGUGGGCAACUCUUGCCAGGGUAAGACCGUUACUGUGGGCAACGAUGGACGGGCACACAUCACCGUUGGGGCCAACGAUUAUGAUAUGAUGCUGGCCAUUCACGUUGGACCUGAGAGUCGUCUUUAACCAGCUAGUGGAUAGGAACAAAAGAACAAUAAAAAUGAAGUGAAUCCUCAUUUGUCAUCCAAAGUGCCUUACACAAAUUUGUAAAAUAAAUUCAUUAAAAAAUAAAAAUA